AACCCGGGGCGGCGGCGGGGACCUGCAGGAUCCAUUACGUUUCUGUAUAUCAGCCCUGAGGUUGCCAUGAGUGAUCCCUCCCUGCUGUUUAUGGCUGGAGCAAACACUGUGGAAGAGCAGAGGGCUCGCUGGGAGAGAAAGCGCAGCCGGACAGCAAAGGAGCUGCUGGAAACUGAACACAAAUACCUCGAGCAGUUAGAUUUUGUGGUCACAUUCUUUGUGACAAUUUUAAAGGCCAAAGGGACACUGAAACCCGCUGUGUUGGAAACCAUAUUUGGACCUCUGGAAUCCAUAUUUUUGACCAGCCAAGUUCUGUCACGUCAACUGGAGAGAGGGAAUUUGGGACCAGGAUUGGAAACAUUCUGUCAGAAUGUAGAGCUUUAUGGCCACUAUGCUGAGAAUUUGGAGCAGGCAAAUAAAACCUUGAAGGAGCAAUUGAGGAAAAAUAAGGCAUUCCGACGGUUUAAGAAACUCCAGGAGACUCGACCUCAGUUUCAGGGGAGAAAGCUAGAGGAUCUCCUUCCUUUGCCCCUACAGAGGCUGCACCAGUAUAAACAUUUCCUCAGAGACCUGCUGGAGAACACCAGCCCAGACAGUGCUGAGUACCAGAAGCUUGCAAAGGCUGUGAAAUCUGUUUCUGAGGUAUCUCAGUGGGUCAGAGACAUCACCAAUAAGAGAGAGAACUCAGUGCAGCUACUUCGGGUUCAGAAACUUCUCAAAGGCCGGAAGACACGGGUUUUGACUCCAGGGCGCUGGUAUAUCCGGGAAGGAUGGCUUUUGGUGGUGCCUUCAAAGGGAGGAGAGCUGAAACGGAGGAUGUUCUUCCUUUUUUCUGAUAUCUUUAUUGCAACAAAGCCCUGCCACCCACUGCACCCUCUGAACUCAAACAAACUGGCAUGCCAGGCUGUCUACCCACUUCAUCAGUGUGUGGUGGAUAAGGUGUUUGGCCACACACAGAGCCAGGGAGGGCUCCUCAGUCUUUCCUUUCCAUACAAGACAUUGUUGCUGAUGUCCACAGACCAACAAGAUAUUAAUGACUGGUAUCGGAGCCUCACAGCUGCAGUCAGGCAGCUGAAAGCCUCACCCAUCUGAGCGCAUGACAGAUUGGCAGGACAACUGUCCCUCAUCAUAGAAGCCUACACAAUCUUAGGAGAGAUGUUCAAGGAUAUACAGUAGGAGAAUUGCAUUUGGAGGGACUACACACUGUUUGUGAGAUUAUGAACAUUUUGUCAGCUGUCUUAACACAGAUAUUGCAAAAAAACAUGUGCACACUGAGGAUUUGUAUAUUAAAAAAAUAUGUAUUGAGACUUUUCCCUAACUUAGCUUAGCUUACAGCUUUUUUCACUUUUUUACCCUCAGCUUAUUAACUUAAAGACAAGCAGAAGAGAACCUGACUUGCUUUCACCCAUUAAAACUUUUUAUCCAGGUGCCUUUCUAAAUCAGUGUUUUCACAUGUAUAU